AACCACCGUCGACCAUCGUCGGCAUCAUCGACAAACAACUGUCUGCUGGUUCCUGAUAGUUUGUGGCUCACAUGGCUUUUUCUUCACACCACAGACUUCCAAAUGGAAUCUACAGCUUCUCCAGUCACCCGAGACCCGCGGAGGAGUGCCUCAAACCUGCACCUGAACAGGACCUCAGUCAUUAUGGGAAAAUGUACAACUGCUGUAUUGUCAGCACAAGCACUGCUGCUGUUCAACAUAUUCUACCAGCUACAGGUCAACCAAUCCCUGCUGAAAUACACAAACACAGGGAGAUCAGGAGGAGAGGUCGGAAACGUGCCAGGAACAGACUCAAGACUCCGCGCAAAAAGGACAUUGAAGUACAAACGCAUCCUUAUUUUGAGAAAUGGGAUGAUGUCAAAGUGGCUCCAGGUACUGAAUGCCAGACUGACACUUUACCAGACAUACCAGCCAUCGUUAUACCUGCCAAAACUGGCAAUGAUGUUGCAAUACAGUUGGAGGAGAAGGACUUGAUUGACUUUGAAAUAGAUGUGAAGCCAGUGGUGGAGAUCCUGGUGGGUAAGACCAUAGAGCUCUCUCUCAUGGAGGUGAUGGAGGAGGAGGAGCUGGCCUGUGUGAGGGAGCAGCAGGGAGCUUUACUAGACCUCCUAAGUAAUGAGCAGGCAGAGGCGCAGCGACUGCAGGAACAAGAGGGGCGGCGCAGGGAGGAACAAGAAAGAAGGAUGGCACAGCAGAGCGACGUGCUGAAGAAAGAAGGAGAGACUGCUGAGAAGAUUGCUGCCCGUGCGUACACUCGGCAGUACCUGGCCGAUGUUGUUCCUGCGGCCUUCAUCUCACUCAGAAACGACGGCUAUUUCUAUGACACUGUGGAGAGAGAUAUUGAGAUUAAUUUCUUUCCACACCUGAUGGCUGAGGUUUACAACAAUUUAGAGAAGAGAAACACAGCGAAACAGGUGCUGGACACUAUUAUCCACAGUGUUGCCCAGAUGAGGUCCAGACUAAAUUGAAAUUGAGCAUGAAGCACCAGGAGAUGCUAGAACAUGUUGACAGAUGAGCCCAACGCACGAAUGAAUGUUUCACUGUAAAAGAUGGAUGUUACAGAAAGUGUCCUUGGUGGUGAUGUCCAGUUGUGGACGUGGACGUUUGAUGACAGGGGCAACUGUGUUGACUAGAUACAGACUGACCUCCUGCAGCCAAUGCAGAACUGCUACCUGAGCACGGUGUGUUCACUGUGGUUGUGUCAAUAAAAACAUUUCAAACUUUAACUUCAACAUGAAAGUGUGUAUAGUUCAUGUGAAUGCAGGAGAGCAUGGGAGACACACGAGGCUCCAUGAGUUGUCCGUUCAAAGAUGGUCUUCAUACCUUGGGUGAAACACUUGGUUAUUUGAGUUACUGUUGCCUUUCCAGUCUCGUCAUUCUCCUCUAACUUCUUGGAUUAUUACCAAGGCAGAAUUCUUGCCUCGAGAAAUUCUAAAUUCUGAUAUUCUUCUGUGGUACUAGGCGA